AUGCUCAAAGGCCGUCGCGCGGCAGCGGACACCACCAAAUCAGAACCACCCGUCGUGGUCACCGCGUACUACGAGCAGUACAAGACCGAGAACAUCCAGACUGUCUUUCGGGAUUACUUCCCCUCGGAGGAGUCCAGCCAGGAAGAAAGGGACGUGCUCCUGGAAAAACGCGUCGAAAUCUCUAGGAAAGCCGAGCGCCUUCAGGCGGACAAGAGGGCCUUUAGUGCGGCUAAUCAGCAGGCGGCAAGAGAGCGGCUGGGACAGGGUGUCAGGUGCUAUGACUGGGCGUAUGCCGUGCAAGACGACUCCAAGGAUGCGGACGAGAAGGAGUGA